AUGUACUCGAUUCAUUGGAUAGCUGUUGGACUCCUCUUCGUAGGAUAUAUCAGUUUUUCAUCAGCAACAAUUUACUAUGCACUAGAACCAUUUCGACAAGACAAACCUCCCCUAUAUGGAAGUAUCUAUGCAUAUAAUUCUCAAUCAACAACAUUUCGGUUUUAUGCAAACUUCUCGUUUUAUAUUGAUGAUAAUGCAACAUAUUUAUAUGAUUUUGAAUCUGGACCUAUUGCUGUGACAAAUAAUAGUCUAUCUACAAUAUAUUUUCCUAUUCAAUGUAAUAACGCCUAUCAACGUUUAUUCUUAAUAGCAUAUAAUAUGCAAAAUAACACCUAUCAACAAAGUUCAUGGACUUUAAAAAAUGGAAUUUUUCAUUCUCUUCAUUAUGAUCCACUUCGUCAACGUUUAUUUGGUUUACGUGAUCAUGAGCUAUUUACACUUAUUAUAGAAGAAUAUAAUCUUACAACAUUAAAUCCAAUUAAAGAAUAUACAAGACAAAAUGGUAAAAAAUAUGCAUAUCCUUACGCUUGGUGUUCAAUAUUUGAUUAUGAAGAAAAUUGGAUUGUUGAAGUUCGAACACGUUUAGAAAGUGCAACAUUCAAUGCAUAUUUUAUUAAAAUGGAUCUAAAUCUUAUUGAUAAAAAAAAAGAUAUUGUUACAGAAUUUCGUUUAUUACCAGAUAUUCAAAACCUUUGUACAAUGACGUAUGAUAUUGAAACUAAAAUUGCACUUGUGACAUGGCAACAUGGAGCAAUAAAUCAAAAUAUUGUUAUGAUGUAUAUGAAUCCUUAUACAGGUGAAUUUCGAAAUGAAACAUUACUUUUAGAAACUGGUUUAGGAUAUGAAAUAGAUUCAAUUAAAGCUGUUUAUAAUAAAAAAACAGGUCACGUUUUAUUUAUGAUUGAUAAAGAAGCUGGAACACAUACACAAACACAACAAUGGAUGGUUAUUGUAGAAUUUCAUACAAUGAAAAUAAUUGAAAAAAAACAAAUCGAUACAAUUAAGAAUGUGUACUAUUGGGAAUUUUUUCUUUUAUAG